AUGGAGGGUGUGAACCCCAAAUCCUUAGCAGGCUCUCGCACCGCAGUUUACUCUAUGUAUGAUUUCAGUGAGAUGGAAUUGAGUAUUGCCUACACUCAAAUGGUGAAGGUGCUUCUUGGUUCAGCCAGGACUUUUACGGCCAACAGACUCUCGUUCGCAUUGGAUCUGCAUGGUCCAAGUUACACAUCCCAAGGAGGCGCUGGCGCAAUUUUUCAUUUAAUUGAAAAAGCGAGAUCUCAACUAGAAGAAAGAACCAUCGAUGCAGCUAUAGUUGUGAGUGGUAACUUCCUCUUAACUGCCAGGUCCCUUGCCAUCCUCGACGGAAUGGGCCUUGCUGCUAAGGACGGGAAGUGCCGCCCUUUCGAUAAGAAAGCUAACGGUUACGCUCUGAGUGAAAGUUGUGUCGCGUUUUUCCUUCAGCGCGAGUCAGACGCUCGGCGCAACUGGGCAACGGUCAUCGGAGCUGACCACAAGUUUUUCGGACAGAAGCAGGGUAGCAUUUUGGCCUUUGAUGGCCGGCCGGCCAAAGAGAUGUUGCGCCAACUCUACUCCAGGUGCCAAGUCGAUCCCGCUAGCGUUUGUUACAUUGAAGCAGACGGUUCUGGAGUUAAAGAUCGGGAUGUAGACGAAGUAGACCUUAUAUCCGACGUCUUUUGUCAGAGGAGAAAAGAACCCCUUCUGAUAGGGUCAAUCAAAUCAAAUAUGGGUCACGCUGAGUGUACAGCGUGCGCUGCUGGCGCUGUCAAAGCUAUUGUUGCCCUUAACAGUUCAAAGAUUCCGCCCACCAUACACGUAGAGUCACCAAUUCCUGAACUCACGACAAAAGGACUCAAGAUUGUGACGGAGACCACUCCAUUUAAAGGGAAUUUCGUUGGUGUUAACGCUAUAGGACUAGGUGGCCAUUUUGGACAUCUCCUUUUGAAAAUGAACCCCAAAAAAUCCUCGACGAUGGAGAUCAGUGAGACCUUCCCGCAAAUUUUACUACUAUCCUCGCGAACAGAGAAAGGGAUGGAACAAGUCAUGGACCAAGCAAAAAAGACAAAAAUCACUCCUGAAUUUGCCGGACUCGUCAAUGACAUCUUUGGCCAAGAGGUCCGGAAUCACAUGUACAGAGCUUAUGCUCUUGUGCCUCCAAAAACCACAGAUAUUAAAUUCAAAACUCAGGUUCGUUCUAGCCUACGUCUAGUAAUACUAAUAUCCUGGGCAUAUAGAUUAUAG